CCCAAUUCUGAGGGCCUAUUUUAUGUUUAGUGAUAUCUAGCAGUAGCAUUCAAGUAAACAAUAUGGCUUGGAGUACCGAUGCAGCUGCCGGUUCUUCCCCAUCUUCUUCGAUUCCCAUUUCAUACAAAUACGAUGUGUUUCUGAAUUUUAGAGGUGAAGACACGCGCACUACUUUUACAAGCCAUUUGUACACAGCUUUGCGCAACAAAGGAAUCAAGACCUUCAUAGACAAUGGGCUCAAAAGAGGGGAAGUAAUAUCUCGAGCACUUUUCAAAGCAAUCAAUGAGUCAAGGAUAUCUGUCAUCGUGUUCUCUGAAAACUAUGCAGCAUCAACAUGGUGUUUGGACGAACUUGUUGAGAUCCUUGAAUGUAGAGAAUCAAAAGGACAGAUGGUUAGGCCAAUUUUUUACAAAGUGAAACCCUCUGAUGUACGACACCUGAGAGGUGCUUUUGGGGAGGCCCUUGCCCAACAUGAACUGGAUUUUAAGCAUGAUACCAUAACUGUGCGCAGAUGGGGUGCAGCUCUUUCUGAAGCGGCGAAUUUGUCCGGAUGGCCCUGCAUGGAUCAGGAUGAAUCUCGAUUUAUCAAACGCAUCGUUAAUGAGAUCGCAGAUCAAGUAUCAAACCCCGAGUUGUCCCUGGAUGAAAUCAGGGAUCCACUUAUGGUAACAGCUAUAGAUCUUAUUCCAAGCCCACCUAGUGUGCUGCAAGUCAUUUGGUCCCGUCCAGCUGAGGGUCAUCUUAAGGUAAAUUAUGAUGGUGCCUAUACUGUGAGGAAGGGAGGUCUAGGUAUGGUUGCUCGAGAUACAAAAGGACGUUUUGUGGCAGCAAAGUGUAGGUUAGUUAAUGUUGAAUCGGAGGACGGUGCGGUGGCAAUGGCGGCACUGGAAGCUCUGUGUCUGGCUAAGGAACUUGGUUGGCAGCGAGUUUGUUUUGAGGGUGACUCCGUACGUAUUGUGAAUGCUCUGCAAACUUCCACUGCUUCUGAAGAUUCUGACACUUCCUCCAUCUCCUCCUUCACCUCCUUCUCCUCCUUUUCCUCCUCCUCCUCCUCCUCAUUCAGUCAGAUCAUUAGUGAGAUUCAAUAUAUGUCACGCCGCUUUCAGCAGUCUACAUUUUCUCUUGUUCACCAGAGGGCUAAUGUUGUUGCUGAGAUCCUUGCUACACAUGCUUUAUCAAACCCCGAAGACAACCAUUGGAUUCUUAAGCCCCCUACUUUUAUCGAAUCCAAUUUGGCUAAGGAAAAAUAUGAUUCUACCUCACACUAUCUUCCAUAACCUUGAUGAGCCAAAACCCUAGGAGAGCUUUCCUCUCAACCUAGUUUCAAUGGCGGCCUAGCCUCAGUCAUAGCGGCCGGUAUCGGCCUCCCUUUACGUCAUCUGUUGAUGACACUCAGAAACCGACCUUAGGCGGCGACCACCCUACCAUGCCCUAGGUUACUCAUCAUCUCUGGCCGGAAGGAAAUAGGUGAUGUGAGGGUUAUGGAUCGGUGCUCCGGUCUGAUCAGACUCAAUGGGGAUUGGGUGGAAGAAUGGUCGUAUCGAAUCAGGCCGAGGCAAGGCCAGGUCAAGUUUGGGUGGUUCGCAGUAGGGAAUGACCGACACAUACAAUCUGGAAGCCAAGAGUUGAGAGGUCCUGUGUGGCGGUUGUGUGACCUCUGGACCCUGAUCCAAACGGCCAAACUUCAAUUGAUGGCGGCGUCGGCCUUUGCACUCCAACUUAUGGAUGUGGCGGAGAUUGUCGUCGUGCACCAUGAAGCGAAUCAGGUUUUGGAAUAUGCAGAGCACGCUGGUGGGGUGUCUGAGUCGAUGGCAAUGGCUACAUCUGGAGUGGUAGCGACGGCGUCAGACGUGCUUGGCAGUGGAGCGGUAAGUGGGGUGGGCAGAUCGUUUUGGGGGCCCAAAUCAGUUUGGGUGCUCAAAUCAUUUUGGAAGCCCAAAAGAUUGUGGUGGCCCAAAUCAGCUUUGAGGCUAAAAUCAAACCUGCUCUGAGUACCUUUUGGCAUUGGGCUCUUUGGUGGACCCUGCGAAUAGGCUCCUUUUCUUCAGGGUUUCGUAUUUGGGAUCCCGGAGGAUCAUUACCCUACAGCUGGAGGCUCGAGAAAAGGGCAAAGGAAAGCUUUAGGUUUUCCUGGUCUUCUUGCCUAUUACUAGAAAGUUGGUCCUCUAUUACUUUCAUAUUAGUUUUCUCUAGUUGUACACCAAUUGAGGUCUUCAUAUUAGUUUUCUCUAGUUGUACACCAAUUGAGGUCUCUAGGAGACUAGGUUUACUUUUCAAAUAGAGGUUAGUAGUGAGGAUUCGUUUUCUUGUAGUUAGGCUCAAAUAUAAGAGCAUAUUUGUUAACAGUGAGGGUCACCUGUCCUUUGCUCGGUAGCUUGUGCCAUUUAUGAUUUUGGUAUGAGACAGCAUCCGAUGUACGUGCCUUCUGGCCAUAGAUAAAUGAAUGAAGUUAUCUAUUUUCUCAAAAAAAAAAGGAAAAAUAUGAUUCUAAAUAGGCAAAUUGCCAUCAACAAAAUUGUAACAAAAUUGUUUCCCUUAUAACUAAUAUUAAAAAUGAAAAAUGAACUGCAUUCCUUUAUGUACCGGCAAUUAUCCCCAUAUGUUAACCAAUUAUUAUUAUCUUCUCGAUUAAAAGGUGGUUUCUUUAGUUAUUUAAAAAUUCCUUCUCUUUUAUGCUUUGACCUUGUUUGAUUCGCAGAAAGUAAGCAUCGGAAAUGGAAAGUUGCUAC